UGCAGUGCUGUUACCUGUAGUCCUUCUCUGGUGAUGGGUGCGAAUAGGGCCUACUUCUUCCAUCGCUGUUUGUUAUCCAUCCAUACCCAUCCUACCCUAUGAACGAUGGGUAUGAUGAGGGAGGUAGUGGCGCGCGCGGACUCACCGUAGGAGCGCGCUCUCGGAGACGCGCUAAGCGGUGUGCAGAUGUGUCGCAGAUUUUGUAAAGUCACUGGACGCACAGAAAGACCCAGCACAAGGAAGUCGCUCCGCACAAAUGGGCCUUUAAACUGUCCGGAAGAAGAGACUGAGUGAGAGGACACAGCCGAGGGCUCGUUUGUUGUAAACAGUUACCGUUAGCUUAGUUUGUGUAGGAGAAGGACGGUACUUUGACAGUUAAAACCCAGCGGACGGCGGCGUGCGCGGAGAUGGAGCUGUCAGCGAUUGGAGAGCAAGUGUUUGCUGUGGAAUCAAUCGUGAAGAAAAGAGUUAGAAAGGGGAAUGUGGAGUAUCUGUUGAAGUGGAAAGGAUGGCCUCCAAAAUACAGCACCUGGGAACCUGAGGAGCACAUUCUGGACCGGCGCUUGGUGCAGGCCUAUGAAGAGAAGGAGCAGAGGGACCGAGCUCUGGGUCACAGGAGAAAAGGAUCCAAAGCCAAAAGACUCCUCCUGCAGAAUACUGUCUACACCAUGGAUCUCCGUAGCGCUCACAAGCCUCCAGAGAAGCCUCCGCCUCACCUGCGUCUCUCCAUGACACGGUCCCUAGUACCCGAGGAUGAGGAUGAGGAUGAGGAUGAGCCCUACAGCUCCUGCAGACAGGGACCCCAACCACAGAUGACACAUCUCAGAAGCAAAUCCAGAAGGUCACAGUUCAGGUGCUUUGACUCAAACCCUCCAAGCCCUGGUCAGGAGGACUGGGAAGGCCGAGGAGAAGAAGAAGAAGAAGAGGUGGAGGACAAUGGGGAUGAGGAGGAGGAGAUGGAGGUGGCUCAGAAGGACACUGCAGAGAAGAGCGUAGGCAUUCCUAAUGGACAGAAGAGGACAGACAAGUGGAGCUCCACUAUUAUUCCAGAUGAAGUCACUGCGUCAGAGAAGCCGGACAACAUGUGGAGACCUAUCUUUAGUCCGGGAGAGGUGACAGUCACAGACAUAACCCUCAACUCCCUCACAGUGACUUUCCGAGAGUCAAGAGUGGCCAAAGGCUUCUUUAGAGGCUGGGGCCUGGAGGUCUGAACACACUGAAGUUGGUCUAGGUUGGUGGGGAGGACACUGUGGGAGGGAGCUUAACCACCUUUUGUGAAUGGUGUUUGAGGAUCAGGGGCGGCGUGUUCCCUCUCUGCAAAUUAUCAUUCUGCUCUCCCCCCUUGUCAGCUACUACAGGUCAGUCUUUACAUGCACAGAGUCACCUGGACAUAAGCAGAAUUCCAGUUCAUGUUGUAUUUAGGCUGAGGUGUUCACCUUUGAUAUGUGCAGACUGAGUUGCCUUAAAUUAAAGGGGCAUUAAAUACCUGCAACUGGUAGUGGCUUCUGUUAUUGACCAAGGAAAUGCAAAAAUAUGAACAGCUAACUGUGGUCUCUGCUUAGCCGACAUAGCAUUUUCUCCACAGAGAGGGGUAAGUUAGCUAAUAGAGCAGCAAUCCAAUAGAAACCUCUAGUGAAGAGGUAAUAAUGUAUAUCACCGUGCUAAAAUAUGGAAUAAUAAUUCAGUUUAAGUUUUUUUUUGUUUGUUUAUAUAACAAUAUGUGACCCAUGUAGCCAGACUGAUUGUGGCUCAGAUGUAAUCACUGCCAUGUGGUCCGUAUAUGGCUGCCAGGUUUAGGCAGAUUUUGGAGGUGCAGACUUAGCCUAAGGAAAGAAGCUCCAGUUAGGAGAACUUGUGCUUGCUGAAAAUGGGACUAGGUCAGACAGCAGAAUGACAUGUAAUUCUCUUAAAGUGAGUUUUUGAGGCCAGAAAUCUCACACCUACCUAAGGAAUCUUUGAGUUGUUGGUAUUGGUUCAAUUGUGUCGAUACAAGUAUAUUAUUAUCUUUUUUUAUCAAGGGUCUUAGAUGUUCCACUUUUAAGGUACCAUAUAUAGUUUCGUUUCGACAGUUACAUUUACAUUCAUUGUUAGUCACCACAACGCUUUGUGUAUUCCUGAGACCUAACAAGCACGUUGAAUGUUUUCCCGUCUUCAGAAACAUCACAGAGAUUUUAAUAAUUUGAACCCUGUAUUGUUUACAUCCAUGUUUGUAGUCUGCAGUUGUCUUCUCCAGAUUUCACUGGCACAUUGGUGAGACCUGUAUCAUACAUGUGCAUGAACAUGUAUCAUAGAAGUGUGUAAGCCCACUCAUCAGGACAUUGCUCUAUAGCACAACUAGUGGUCAAAAACUCCACAGGACAUCUAUAAAGAGAAUGGGCCUCAUGCACAAAACUUAUCAUCUUAUCUCCUUAUCUACUUUGAUUUUAUGAGGUGGGCUCUUAAGAGAUUCAGAUCAAUCCUUUCUUCAAAUAAAUACAGUCAUCAGAUAAAUGUAGCGGGUUAAGAGUAUAAAAGCCACAAACGUAGCACAAAAAUGGAAAAAGUAGAGGAUUACUUAUAGAAUUACUUGAGCAAAUGGACAUUCCACCUCUGAAUGAGUACAGACAGUAAUACUACAGAGUUAUGACAUUUUCAUUUGGUGAAGUAAAACAAGGUAAAAUCAGUAAUCCUGUGAAGACGAGGAAGAGUCUGUGCAUGUAAAUAUGGCAACUGUUACUGUCUUUCUUCCGCAUCAAGCUAACUAUUCACGACUGGACUCAAACAUAUUGUACAUACUCCAACAUACAGUAAGGGGUGUAGUCGUCAAUCCCGUCCUAACAUGUACCUGUAAUCUAUAAACACAUAGUCUGUUACUACCGUACAACAUGUGGCUAAGUCUUGAAUGCGUUUCAAAGUCUGAGAGACAAUUUGACCAGCCUACAUGCCAGACAGUGUAGUCUUCUCUGUCCACUUAGCACUUCAUCAAAACCAGACUGAGCGAUGACGGAGUCUUGUACCAAAAUUAGAUGAGACUUGAAAAUAGAAUGUAUCGUGGAAUUCCACUGUAUUUACUUCAUAAGGGUCUGUGUGUUCAGCAGAAGCCUCUUGGUUGAGUUGGACCAACAGAGUUUUGAGGGGAAUAUCAAUAUUAAAAUGAAUUUAAAAGUUCCUAAUACCCAAUAAUUUAUGCCAAUAUUCAAAAGUUUAUAAGCCAAUGAGUUCUGCUAGCUGUUUAGCCAAUUUAACUACAACUCGCACAUACUGUCUUUUACAAGACUGACAGUUACCUUUUCAAACACAGCAUGAAGUCUGACCUUUUAAGAAGACACUGAUCAUAAAACUGAUCAAUUAAAAUAGGUAACCCAUCACAGGUAACAGUUAGCAAAUGAUAAUGUCAUGUAGUAAUGCAGCUGUAUUUGGGUACUGUUUGGCAAAGUCCACUUGCAGGUGACUGCUGUAGAGCGCCGCAUUCAGAAGAGGUAUUGUUGUAUAGUCAAAUCAAAACCAUUCAGCCAGAGAAUCUUACUUUACAAGAUGAAAUUAUUCUAGUUGGUCCAGGUAGUAAAUGAGAAAAAUUUAAAUUUUGAUAAACAAAAUUGUUUACUUUUAUGUCUCUUUACAACCCUUGACCAUGGAUUGCAAGGAGACAUAUUCAGAGAUAAUGGACCAGAACAAUUAGGAGACAUUUCUCUAAGUCUAAGAUGUCGGAAAUUCCCAAAGGCACUGGAAUGCACCGGCAAGGAGUUUUCCAUCGGGCCAUUAUAGCAUUGCAUUAUCAUUUGGCUAAAACAAAAAGCAAGUGAAUGUUCACUGGGAUGGGUCAAAAAUCUCAAGAUAUUCAAUAUCUUUAUGGCAUUAAAAUUAUGUACAGGUUCCUUAUUGAUCUUGGAAACGACAUCCAUUUAGGGGCCGUUCUGGAGCUUUCAGUCACAUCCCGUGAUCUUCAUCAAUAGAUGGCGUUUGCUCAGUUUUCAUGGAAUUGUCAAAGAUGUUGAAUUAUCCAUUAUGACAGAAUAGUGUCAGGAAAUGCAAUCCGAAUUGAUUUAAAUAUCAGUAAUAAUAACAUAAUGAAAACUUGUUUGUAGGUAAUAGGCUAAAACAUGAGAAACAGAACAAUCUGGUCUUUAAUGCAGGGUGAACAAGACCUAUACAUGAAUCGGUUACUAAAUAAUAAGUAAACAAAUUUAAUCAGUUUUACAAAUUAUUUUACCAAAAUACUGGCAAAUUAUAAGAACCCAUACAUUUAAAGUGCAUGUUUCUCCACAGCGUCUCAUGAUCCAGAAAACUGUCUCUGUGACACUGAAGCUGCGGGGAAUGGAAAUGCCUGAUGUUGCACUGUUUUGUUGUUGUUUUGUCUGUGGAGCUUUUAGGGCUAAUGACUCUCUUCAAUCCUUUACACACAUACAGUUACUGCCCCAGCUUAUUUGACUGAUUAUUAUUAAGACUUGAAAUAUGAGGAGGCUUUACGAUGGAGGGCUCAGUAGGGAGAAACAUAUUUUUUAGUCGUUAUUUUUCUACAUUGACUUGAAUGUAUAUUUAUUCUUUAAAGAGACCUGUGUAUUUGUCAUGCAGAUGACUGAAUAGUUUUUAUACAGUUUGUGAUAACCACUUAGCUGAUGCCAGAUCUACUGUAAAUGUACUGACAUGACAAAACAAGCACCCUGGAUUUAACAUUUCAUUCACCACUGAACUGUGCACUUUGUGUUGUGAGCCCACACAUUGCUUGCUCUGGUCUACAAAGUGUCAUUGUGUAAGAGCAUUUCUGUGGUAAUACUAUAAUAAAUGUUGCUCCUGU